CUGAAACCAACCACUGGAAUGCAGGGAGGUGCUGUGAACUUUGACCUUUUCCCGGAUAAGCGGAGAUGCCGCAGAUGGUCUGGGGAGCCGAGGAUGCCAGUAAAUGCUGCUUGCAACCUUUUCAUGGUGACUGUAGAGAAACGGAUCAGGGAGGAGGAGGCCUGGACCCUGCAGAAAUCUCUCCAGGACAGCGUCUUCCGCUUCCAGGACUGGCUCCAGGCAGCUGAAAUGGUGGCCGCCUCUCCCAGAUCCUCCCAAGUCUCCUACACCUGCUCCAAAAAAGAGCUGCAAAGGUUUCGGGCAUUGCAGAAGGACAUCUCGGAGAAGGUAUGGUCUUUGGAGUCCUUGAACAAGCAGUACCGCCAGCUGGUGGGGACGGGCAACAUCGACCCGUGCCUGAAGUCCUCCAUGCAGGAAGUCAACUGGCGCUGGGAGGAGCUGCGAAGCCAGGCGGCUGCUGUUUCCAGGAGGCUCCAGCAUUUUGUCAACCAAUGGGAGGAGUUUGGGCAGAAGAAGGAGACCAUCCAGGUGCGGCUGAUGGAACUGGACCUGCGGCUGACCGACGUCGAGCACUUCUCCGCAGGGACACCGCUGGAGAAAAUGAUACAGCUGCAGGCCUUCCAGCAAGAUGUCCAGACCAACACGGAACACGUGGAUGAUCUCGUGGUCAGCGCUGAGAGUUUGAUCCAGAAGAGCCAACCGGAGGAUGCGGAGAUCUUGGAGGAAGACCUGAAGGAGCUGAUUGGCUUCCACCAAGCGGUCUUGUCAAGGGUCUUCCAGUUUCAGCGGCGCCUGGUCAGCCUGAGGCUGGUCUUUGAGGACGAGUGGGAGUCGGACCGAGAGAGCGACGCGGAGUCGGACUGCUUCACAGAAGGGUCGCUGGCGUUUCGCACGGGGGACCCUGAGCCCGCCGCGCUGGUUCCCGAGGCUCUUUGGGGCCACUCUACCCCGAAACCUGUCCGGUGUUGCAGCGUUCCCAUCGGGGGAUGCUCGGCGGCAGAUCUGGAGUGGGACCCCUCGGUGGAUGUGGGGGGCUCCACCUCGCAGGAUGAAGACUCCUCGUAUUACAGUGCUGUGGUGGGCUUCGGCCGGGGGGACCAUCUUCGGCGAAGGAGCCAUUCGUGGCGCUGGAGCUGGGGCAGAACGGAGGACUUUUCGGUGCAGAGCAGUUUCCCGGAGGAGGAGGGGGAGCCCUGCAGCUGCCCGGGGGCUCAUCCGAUGGAAGCAGAUGUUUUGGGACCUCCCGCCCCCCAGGAGCCAAGAACCGCUCAGCCGCCCAGGACGGCCCCGGGGUUUGACCCCAAGCGCAUCGAGACGUGGCUGGACCAGAACCACCAGAAUCAAAUGGGAAUCCCUCCGGAGAUCAAAGAGGACACCGUAACCCAUGUGGACGGGCUCCCGCCGGCCAAGGAGCCGCAGCUGCCUCUUCAAGUUCGGGCAAGGGGUAAGAAGGUCCAGCGAUGGCCCAGGAGGAAAGGCAAACAGAAGAACCUCAUCAUCACCAACCAGUCGUGGUCGGGGAAGGAGCAACGGAUCUCCAAGGCGCUAAAUCCCCAGUCAGCAGAAGUUAUGGUUACUAUUGAGAAAGAAUGUGAUUUGCAGCUGCCCACCGAGAUCUGUCGCCAGCCCCGGAAGUUCUGCAGGAGUUCCGUCCGCUGGCUCCUCGUGAGCACGACCGUCGCGAUGCUAAUGUGGUUGCUGUGCCAGUCCUCUCUGCUGUCCGUCUCCCGGCUCCCCUGCCUCCAGACCAACGCCUUCGCCAAAUCCUUCCACCUCAUGCUAAAAUACGAGGGUCCUCCCCCCACGUAGAGGGGGGCUGGAGAACAGGGACGCUGCAAUCAGCACCAAGAUCGAGAGUCCUGGGGGGGAAACAUGAGGCUCCUGGGAAUUGGAUCGACUUCUCCUGGACUUCCAAGAAGUCGUGUUCCUACGUUUGCCCAGAGGUGGGUUCCAGAUCAG